AUGGGAGAAUCACGAGAAGACAAGAUUGAAGAAUCAGUUGCUUCCGUUUUGGAAGAAGCUAAAGAGCUUCAAGACUCCGUCGCCGGUCACAUCUCCAAAUCGUUAAGCGACGAACAUCCUCUCCGGCUACGAGCUCUUGCUCUCGACUCCAAAAUCCUUGCACUUCGCUCUUCUCUCGAUUCUCUCCUCAACAAUAAACUCAUUAAUCACUCCGUUGCCGAUAAGUUAGAUGAAGAUUUGCAGAGAGCGAGAUGUAUUGUUGUUGAUGGUGAUGCUUCUUCGCUUCUUCCAGGACAUGCUCACGGGAAGUUUCUGAGGAUGUUUUUGGGUCCUAUUAAUGUUCGUGCAUCGCGUAAGGAUGUGCAGCUUAAGGUCAAAGAGGAAUACAACAGUUACAGGGAUAGAACUGCUCUGCUGUUCCUGAUUUUCCCGGCAGCACUUCUCAUUUUAAGAUCAUGGGUUUGGGAUGGAUGCUUGCCAGCUUUUCCCGUACAGAUUUACCAGGCCUGGCUGCUAUUUCUUUAUACUGGUUUGGCUUUGCGAGAGAACAUUUUGAGAGUAAAUGGAAGUGAUAUCCGUCCAUGGUGGAUAUAUCAUCAUUAUUGUGCCAUGAUAAUGGCCGUUGUGAGUCUCACUUGGGAAAUAAAAGGACAACCAGACUGCGCAAAUAAGCAGAGAGGUGUACAGCUGUUCCUACAGUGGGCUAUGAUGCAAGGAGUUGCAAUGCUUUUGCAAAAUAGAUAUCAACGACAGAGGCUUUAUACUCGUAUUGCAUUGGGAAAGGCUAAGAGGAUGGAUGUUGUAUGGGGGGAAACAGCUGGUGUGGAUGGCCAACUGUGGUUGCUGUGUCCCAUACUUUUCAUAUUGCAGGUAGUUGCAUGGCUACUUACAACAUAUGUAGUUACUCGAGUUUUUGGCAACUACUCUUUUGGAUACAAUUGUUUGAGCUAUGGAUUUGAGGCAUAUGUUGGACUAUCGUUGCUCAAUACUGCAUUUGUUGGGCAGAUUUCUGAAUGGCAGGUAAUAAUUUGCGGUCUUCUGUUGGUAGUAAUGGCCAUUGGGAACUUUCAAAAUACAGUACAGACUCUGUUGGUAAAGUCAAGAUUUAAGGCAAAGAUGAGAAGAACCAAGAGCAAGCAGAGACUGAAUUAG